AUGAACACGAAGGAGCCCCCAAAGUGCGCAGUUAUUAGUUAAUAAUGUACGCGCGGGGGGUUACUGGGGGCGGCACGGCGACCAAUGACUGUUUUCAUGUAACGACGGUGACAUCAAAAUUAGGUGUAUUAACUUGCUUCUCGGCAGGUAUCUACAUAGUUGUAAUUAGGAUACGAAAAAUUAGAUAUUUAAAGACAAAAAUGAUAGUAUGUUAAAGGUAGACCGAAACAUGUGCACGUCGUUUGUUUAACAAAAAAAAAAUAUAAUAUAAUAAUACAGCCGGAAUGAGUGGUUUAUACGACGAGCUGGCAGCAUAAGAAUUACACUUGUGUGUAAUAUCAAAAAACAACAUUUCAUGAGUUUAGGCUUAUACAUGCGGUUUUAUGGUUUCGUGUAUGCUCAGCAGACGUUUUCAACGUUAUUACAUAUUUUGAAGGUUCUUUUAGUUUGGUCGAAUAUAAUUCUUAACAAAUAAUAUUUCUUCGGAAUUCAAUGGUAGUAUUUCACGUAAUUGUCUGUAAAAGCCAAUAGCAAUCUAAUAUUUUUAGGAAUUAAAAAAUUGUUAUUCUCUCUAUUCUUUUGUGACAUUGCACGUAAUAUUGUUUAACAUUUUCAAGACGAUCGUGAAAAUUAUACUUAAUCAUAAGUCUGUUCCAUUCACUUGGCAAUCAGAGCAUAUAUAUGUGCUUAUUCGUAUAACAUGGCGGUCGAUUAGUAAACUCACCGCUGAUAUUAAAAAGCAAAUGAAAAUUAUCAUCGAGGCUCUAAAAGAACGUGAAUUAAUGCUCAUUAAAAAUACCAACAGCCAAUCUAUAUCUCAAAUACCAAAAAAUUAUUUGCACUCUGAAGAUAUGAAAUUUUCAUCUAAAAAUCUUACCAGUACAUCUCAGGCACUAUACCCAAGUUUGAAGGACGAUGAUUUCAACUAUUGUUUGCCAAAAGAAGAUAGUUCUAGUACAUCGUUGGAUAUCCUGCGAACCGAUAAAAUUGCGUUGUCCAGCAUUCAGCAACUCAACGAAGUCAUGGCUUCUAAAUCCCAAUAUUUAAUUGAAUCCUUGAAGAAAAUUGAUGAUUCAUCUAAACAGCACUCUAAGUUAUUAGAUGACAUUCAUAGUAAUAAAUAUGAAAAACAAAAUACGCCUUUUAUUUUUGAACAACAACAAGCUUACUAUGGAAAUUCGGUGGAUGUUAUUGCGGAGGAAGAAGUUGAAGAUUAUAAUGAUUGGCAUGAAAUUGAAGUGCAAGAUACUUGUUAUGAUGCGGACAAUUCGACAGAUAGUCGAUUGGACAUUACAGCUAACAUAGGACGCAGGUGUCCCGGUUAUGCGGUUAUAAGUCCCGGGAGUGUUUCGCCGUCAAAAAAACAACUCUACGGAAACAAAUUAAUUUCACCGGUGAAGUAUGAUGGAUGGCGAGAUGUUAGCUCGACCGAGAGUUCCAGAACAUCAACUCCAACUCGACCUCAAUUGACAACAACUAGGUGUCUAGAGGAAACUUAUAAGUCAUGUCAAAAAUAUGAAUAUAAUAAAAUAUGAAUACCACAAAAGAAGCUUUUAAAAUGUUUUUACGGUUCACAAAGUUUUACAUGCAUUAUAAAUGUGUUUAAAUACGUGUCUCUAAAAACAUUUUAAGUAUUAUUAAUACUGUUGAAAAUUGAGUUGCAACUAAGUAGAAUAAAAUUUCAGUACUUUAUGACUGUGUAUUAAUUUUUAUCUAAA